AUGACGCAAGGCAAUUUAAACGAGAACACGUCAUCUGACGAGUCAUUAAGAGCUGAACAAUCAGUACGUCAACUAUGGCUCAAUGCUGAUUGUGUCUGUUUUGAUGUUGAUUCAACCGUUUGCACUGAGGAAGCUAUUGACGAGUUGGCAAAGUUUCAGAAAGUCGGCGCGUUAGUCGAAUCUAUCACACGUAAUGCUAUGGGUGGUAACAUGAGUUUUCGCACGGCAUUGGAGGCUCGUCUUAAUCUUAUUCGACCAACAACCACGAAUUUAGAAGAAUUUAUUAUUCGUUAUCCCUCUCAGUUAACCGAUGGAAUUAGUGAAUUGAUCAGCAUCUUACACGAACGUCAAGUUCCCGUUUAUCUAAUCACAGGCGGUUUUCAUUCAGUUGUUGAUCCUGUUGCUACACAGCUGAAUAUUCCAGUUAAAAAUGUAUUUGCCAACAAGAUAUUGUUCAAUGCUGAUGGUACCUAUGCCGGCUUUGAUGAAAACGAAAUGACCUCUGAUUCAGGUGGUAAAGGACUAGUCGUAGAAUAUCUCAAGAAGAAAUAUAAUUACAAACGUUUGAUUAUGAUUGGUGAUGGUGCCACUGAUAUGGAAGCAAAUGCUGAUGGCUUUAUUGGUUUUGGUGGAAAUAUCAUUCGAGAAAAAGUACGCGAGAGUGCACCAUGGUUCGUUAAUUCAUUCUAUGAAUUGAUUGAUGAAUUUCGACAUGAUACAAUUGCAUCUCGUGUUCCAGCGAAUGUUCAUCAUCAACGUAUAUCAACUAAGAGAUUCUCGACUGAAAUAGAAGCUAACUGA